CCCACCCGGACGGGUGCAACUCCGAGCGGCAGACUCGCUCCGCUCCCCACCUUCGCCUCAAUCCCCACCCGACCGUAGUCGGUGAGGCUGACCAGCGAGCCACAUUCGGAUCCCGCCACGGUGACGUCACUCCGAGUAGUGUAGUGCAGUGCGAAGGAGCAAAGUCGGCUCCGUCCAUGUACAUGCCCAAGUGAAACAAGCGUACGUAUCAUCAUCACAUACAAACGUAUUACAUUAUUCUCUUACAACGUGCAUAAACAUAAAACGACGUUCCAAAGAGAGUAUAAAAGAAUAUAUAACGCUCCAGGAGUUUAAUUAUUCUAGUGUACAUAAAAGUAAUAACAAUAAUAACAAUAAUAAUAAUCGGAAUAAUCUUAUAUAGUACCAGUGUGAGGUGAUGAACUACUAUAUAUAUUUUAACGGCCGUAUAUGAAUAUAAUGAGUUAGUUGGUUUUUCCUUUUUGUUUCUCUUUUUUUUUGUCAUCCUUCGAUCAUGACCGAUGUCAUGAUAUUAUUGAGAAGAAGCGUCGUUCCAGCGAAUAUAGUGGAAUAAUUAAUGAUAACGAAAAAAUAAUAACGAAUAUUAAGAUUCCCGUAUAUUUAAAAGAAUAUAAUAAAAAUAACCAACCGUGUUUCGAUCUACGAAUCGAAGAGUAUAAUUUAAAUGAUAUUGAUAUAAUACCGAAUAAAUACACGUAUCUAUGUAGGGCGAGGUAUGUAGGAGUAUAUAUGUAUGCAUAUAGAGUUCGAUCGUAAAAAUUCAGUGCCCCGGCGGGAUUGAUCGAAUGUAUUUCUGUACAACCGGAACGGAGAGUCUGAAAAAAAAUUCGAAAUAAAUCGAAAAGAAAAUACAUACGCGAGUGAAUAUUGUCGCAGUUGCCGCCAUCGUCGUCAUCGUCGUCCUCGUCGUCGUCGCCGUUACUACGUAUGAAAUGGAUCAGUGUGGUAGUGGUGGUGUGAUGUGUGAUUAGCGGUAGAUAGAUAGUGUGUACGAUGUGGUGUCUAGCAACAGCCUAUGCUAGUGGUGUCUCCUCUUCAGACCCGUCGCGGUUUUAUCACAAGCAUCUAAUCCCUCUGCGUUGUUGCUACAACCCUAAUAAUCUAUGUGCGUGGGGCGAGAAGUUGCACCUUAAGAGCAUGAUCGUAAGUGACUAGUGUUUUUCCCGCGUUCCAAGUGUGACCGUUAAUUAUUAUUAUCAUUGUGAUUGUUGUUCUUCUUCUUACUCCUCCUAUGGUCGUUGUGCGUUCGAUGAAUAGUAUAAUAACGUACAUAGAAGAAAAAAAUCUAUAAAGUCAAGUGAAAUCGGAAGGGAAAUAUAUAUAUCUGUAUAUAUAUUUCUUUCGUUAUAUUCUAACCCGAUCUACACGCGCGUCGAUCUUCUUCUCUCCAACCUUCGUCUACUUAUUAUUAUUAUCGUCAUUAUUAUUACUACUCUCAUUAUCAUUGUUUGUUAGUGGAUAACAGUAUAACGCUAAAUAGAGAAAGAAAAAAAAUUUAUAUAUAUAUAUAUAUAUAUAUACAUAUAUAUUCGACGUGAGUUGGGGAAUAACUGGCUGGGCUUUGUGACGCUGGCCUCUUAAUACUAGUUUUUAGUUUGUGAGAGUGAGAAAAACGAAGGGAGAGCGAGAGAUCGGGCGAGUUGUGUGUCGUUGUACAGUGUCGCAAAACGAUACCACAACAUCCGAUCCCAAAUGAAGAGUUCGGAGCAAAAUGGUUAGAGAGACACGACACCUGUGGGUUGGAAAUCUGCCGGAAAACAUCCGAGAGGAUCGCAUAAGAGAGCACUUCAAACGAUAUGGACGCGUACAAAGCGUCAAGCUGCUACCGCGGGGAGAAGAAUGCCCCGUCGACGGGAGUUCCGGAGGUGAGGGAAGCGAGGGUGGAGGCAUCGGUGUCGUCGGGGUCGGGAACGUCGGCUCGGCGAGCACCGGGGGUGCCUCUGCGACGGUUGCGUUCAUGGACAUUAAAUCCGCUGCGAAGGCUCACGCCACAGAGCACACCCUGGACGAAAGAGCCCUCACCACACAGUACUACGAACCACAGCAUCUUCAACAUAGGUUUCCAUCUCACGGAAGCUCGGAGGAUCAUGGAACCAGCGGAGGGAGUGCUGUCGGUCCAGCGGGAGAAGUGUUCGAGUCGCGUGGCUCCCAUGUGGGUUUCUAUGCGAGCGAAAGAGGCAAUCGGGUUGGCGGUGUUGGCGGUAUGCCAGAAUCUGCCGGUGAUCCCGGUGGCUAUAUCCCUCGCGGUCGACCUCCUCCGGUUAGCGGAUACCACGUGACGUCAGCCAGGGCGAGGGAUCGGCUAUAUCCGCGAACGGGCCCCUACGCAGCUGGCCCACCACCUCCACACAUAGAACGUCAUCGGAGUAGCCUAGCACCCUCGUCCUGGUCGUCUUACGAGUCCGCAACAUCUCGUUACACCUCGGUACCACCUCCGCCGUCACCAGCGACUACGGACGCCUACGAAGAACCAAGUGCCGGUCGAACUCAGCACAAAAAACAACGUCGAAAAUCUCGAAGCGGCAGCAGCUCACCGAGUGGAUCGAGUCGAUCCGGUAGCAGCAGUAGUAGCCGAAGCGGCAGUUCAGGUGCCAGCAGUUCGGCGGGCAGUAGUUCUCCGAGCAGUUCACCUCAUCGCGGAAGUAACGCCGUUACGGAAGAUCGAAGACCGCUGGCGAUAUGCGUGAGGAAUUUACCGGCGCGUAGCAGCGACACUUCGCUCAAAGAUGGACUUUUUCACGAGUAUAAAAAACACGGCAAAGUUACGUGGGUAAAAGUAGUCGGUGCUGCCGGCGACCGGUACGCCUUGGUGUGCUUCAAAAAACCUGAGGACGUUGAAAAAGCACUGGAGGUAUCGCACGACAAGCUUUUCUUCGGCUGUAAAAUCGAAGUCGGUCCUUAUCAAGGAUACGACGUCGAGGACAAUGAGUUCAGGCCCUACGAGGCUGAACUUGACGAAUAUCACCCCAAAGCAACGAGGACGCUGUUCAUUGGAAAUUUGGAGAAGGAUGUAACGGCUUCGGAACUCAGGAAACAUUUCGAACCAUUCGGCGAGAUCAUUGAAAUCGAUAUAAAGAAGCAGGGUGCUGUAUCAAGCUACGCGUUUUGUCAGUACUCGGACAUCAGCAGCGUCGUGAAGGCGAUGAGGACGAUGGAUGGGGAACAUCUGGGCGCCAAUCGGAUAAAACUAGGUUUUGGAAAAUCUAUGCCCACGUCCUGCGUAUGGGUGGACGGCAUCGGAGAGUGCAUGUCGGAAAAGUACAUAAAUAUGCAGUUUCAUCAGUUUGGACAAAUAACGCAGGUGGCUGUGGAUCGGGAGAGAGGUCACGCCCUAGUCUUUUUCGAGCAAAUUAGCUGCGCGCAAACUGCCGUCAAGGAAAUGAGAGGGGCCGCUCUCAGGGGACGUCGACUACAGGUGGAUUUUGCUUCGAGAGAAUGUCAAGAAGCAUUUUACGAACAUCUAGAAAGACAGGGGAUCGCGGGCGAGAGACCGUGGGACACCAGGCCUGCCGCUGCGGCAGCUUUCGAACCAACGAGGGAACGCAGUUUCGAAUCCGCGGUCACAGUUCCGAACGCGGGUAGCAGGUUUACCCGGUACGAAACUCCACCGAGAGCACGAACGGCCAGUUACACUCGGACUCCUGGAGGCAGUAGUACGCCAGGAGCAAGUCCUGCGCAUCCAACGGCAGUAUCGCGUAGCACAAGACGUUACCAAACCGAUCCGUACUACGAGGGUGAUUACACGGAACCAAACCCGAGGAGGUUUCGGAGUUACGACGAAUUCAGUCAGGGCAGCGGUGCGAGUCACGAUGAUUACGAAGCCGGUUCGAUCGGUGACACUAAGAUUCCCGACGACGACUGUCCACCCCCGCGUCGUCACACGGUACAGAGUGUUGUGACUAGUGUAGAACCGCCGAUACCUCUCCCGCCAUUGCUACCUCCCCCAGAUAUACGACACCUUCAAAAGGAACGAGUGCAUCUAUUGGAACAACUCGAAGAAUGCCAUAGUAGUGGAGACGAAAGUUUCACUCCAAAGAAACGGUUGAAACUUGAUAGCGCCGUUAUGUGCGAGGACGACGAGCCCGAGCUAGCUUCCCUUCUCGUCACCUCUCAUUCGGGACGAAAAGGAAUGGAUAUCAGAAGGGUCAGCGAGAGUAAAACUCUCAUACAUCAUGGAACGCGGCGCGGAAGCUGCGAAGGUCGGGGUCCGGGACCCUGCAAGCGACGUCGGGAUACCGGGAGGCAUCACGAGCAUCACGACGGAUCUCGUCCUGGAACACCCUUGGUGGAUGAGAGACCGGAAAAUCUGAUACCCAGUGAACCGAGAAGGUUUCGCGAAAGGAGCCAUGAUGGACCUCUUUCCCUUCCGUUGCCGAGGUUCGCUGCUCAAAUGAUGAACAACAACAAUAAUAGCAAUAGUCGGGCUCCCACGGUACUUCCUGCCAAGGUGGCAAGUCCACCUGCACUUCCACCUCCGCCGAGUCCAAGGGCUGCACCUCAGCCACCAGCUUCACCGCCUCCGAGGUAUCCGAGUCUCAGUCCUACCAGCUCAGACAGCGAAACGGCACCGCAGUCACCGAGUCUCGAAGAGAGGAUUCGUUCUCUUGAUGAAAAAUAUGAGAAGUGGUCGGGCUCGAGGGCCUUGAGCGCCGCGGGUGGUGACGCUCUCGCAAAGUUGGAUACGACGUCCGAGAGAUUCAGGUUUAGGCAUAAACUUUUGGACUUGGAUCUCCACGAGGUACAACCAUCGGACAUUGUGAAAUCAGUGCUCGCGAAAAGAAGCGUAUUCGACGAGGAUUCUAAGAGAUUAGAGAACUUUAACGAAAAGUACGAACCGAGAGAGUUCACUGGUGUUAUAGGUGUAGGAUCGAUGAUGAGUGGAGCAAAUUUAGUGGCUAAUGCUGGGAAAGUUGGUCUUCAAUACCCUUUUCCCAGCCAUCCACCUGUCCAACCUACCACAACGGUGACGACAUUGGUUAGCACUACCUCGUCUACGUUAACAGUGUCUCCAUCCCAAAAGACUGAUUCAAGAACAGCCAUUCAUAACUGUGUACACCCCAUCCCCACAACCCCAAUCACACCUAGCGCGGCAGUAAAAACCGUUAGCCCCGAACUACCGCCAGUGCAGCAGUCGGUUUCGGUGGGCAUAAGUAGCGUAAGCGCAGUAAGCAGUAACAGCAGUGUAUCUGUGAGUAGUCUUAGCAGCAACAGUAGUAUAAGUAGCGUAGUUAUGACAACUAGCAUCCCAGCAGCUAGAACUGGAAACUCCAGUUUAUGUACGAGUCCAGCGGUCGUCACAUUAGUGACGGCAACUACGACCUGUCAGACUUCUUCAGUCGUAAGCAGUCAGGUCGAGACUCCUCGAGCACGCCUCCGCAAAGAUGGUGGCAACUGUCGAGAUAGUCGUGACUCUAGGGAUAGCAGAGAUAGUCGAGACAGCAAGGACAGCAGAGACAGCAGAGAUUCUCGACACAGUAAGAGCAAGGAAACGUCGAGACGAACGCGGAAGGAUGAAGCUGCCAGUGAGAGGAAGCGAGAAAAAGAGGAUAAAGAUGACAGGUUACAUCCUUCUGUCAAUGUUGACACUGAACCACAGGAAAAUCUUAGCAAAGAUGUCAAAGACAUCAAAGAGAUCAAACACGAGCGGAGAGACAGGGAAGAACGGGAUAAAAGAGAGAAAGAAGAACGAGAAAGACAAGAGCGAAGAGAUAAGGAGGAAAAAGAGCGCCAAGAACGCAAGGAGCGAGAAGAAAAAGAAAGGCGAGAAAGAGAAGAGGAGAGAUGGGAGAAGGAACGCCUGGAGAAGGAAAGGCAAGAAAGGCGCGAACGAGAAGAAAAAGAAAGGAGAGACAAGGAGAAUAAAGAGAGAGAGGAGGCAGAGAGAAGAGAGAAGGAGGAAAGAGAAACUAGAGAACGUGAAAAGAAAGAACGAGAAGAGAAAGAGAGGCGAGAAAAAGAAGAGAAGGAACGUCUGGAACGCAAGGAAAAAGAGGAAAAAGAACGACGAGAAAAAGAACGACUCGAAAAGGAGAGACGAGAACGCGAAGAGAAAGACAGGCAAGAGCGUAGAGAAAAAGAAGAGAAAGAAAUGAAGGAGCGCGAAGAACGAGAGCGCAAGGAAAAUGAAAGACUGGAACGGGAAAAACAGGAUAAGGAACGUCUCAGAAAGGAAAAAGAAGAGCAAGAACGAAGAGAAAAAGAAGAAAGAGAACGGCUGGAAAAAGACCGAAAAAAGGAAAGAGAAGAGAAAGAACGAUUGGAACGAGAAAGAAGGAGAGAUCGUGAAGAGAAAGAGAGACGAGACAGGGAAGAGAAAGAUAGGCUGGAACGUGAACGCCGGAAGGAGAGAGAUGAACGGGAACGGUUGGAUAAAGAGAGGCGGGAAAAAGAAGAAAAAGAGAAACUAGACAAAGAAAAACAUGAACGAGAAAAACGAAAGGAACGCGAGGAGAGAGAGAGACGUGAGAAAGAAGAUCAGGAAAGGCGGGAAAAAGAGAAAAUGGAAAGGGACAAACGGCGCGAACGUGAAGAUAAGGAAAAAAGAGAGCGCGAAGACAGGCGCCAGGUAACUGAAAAUCAUCAUUUACCUUCGCAAUUACAACCAUGCCCUUCUCCUGUAACAACCAAACGCCGAGGAUCUUCGCAAGAUGGCCCUGAAGAAGAAGCUAAACGAAUGAAAAUAUCAGAACACAGACGUGACAGUAAGGAUAGGCCACGACAAAAUCGGAAAUCCGAAGACCGUAAACACAGAAACGAUCAUAGAGGCAGCAGAGAAAGCAGGGAAGGUCGCGAGAACCGAGAGCCAACUGUCCAGCAAGAUAUCAGGGAUAGUAGAGAUUCUCGAGAUUCUAGAGAUAAUAGGGAUAACAGAGAUAUUAGGGACAAUAGAGAAAACCGAGACAAUAGAGAUAACAGGGACAGUCAAACACGCGAAUCAUCUCACUGUGAAUUAUCAAAGGAACAAAAUCGCGAGGGUAGAGAAAAUCGCGAUGGAAAAGAAAAACAACGUAAAAAGAGCCGUUCCGAACGAACGGAAAAAGAACUCAGGGAGAGAAGCCCCCGCGUCUCACACGAACCCGAUAAAGAAUUCUUGAACCGAUUAGAAUUAUCAAGAAGAAGCGAAUCCAAUGAUCAGCCCGUGUCUCAGCAUACGAGAGAUAAUCAAUCGAUGAUGGCUAUACACAGUGAUGUUGAUAAUGGAAUUCUAUCUACACCUGAAAUGCAGAGAAUCCGACAUACUUCAGCUACAGACACAGAUAGUGAUGAACCUAAGAAGCAUUCGAUCUUUGAUAUAAUCGACGAUGAACCAGCUUACAUCAGUAUGUAUGACAAAGUGAAGGCACGUUCUACAAAGAAUAUGCAAAAACUAGAAGAAGAAAAACGACAGGUUCGUCUGAAAGAUAAGUUUUCACAAUUAAAACAAAGUCGAGCUAGACGCGAAGAGAAAAAGCAAAGUACAUCGUGGGACGGAGAUUCUGCUAGCAGCAAAGCUAUGACCGAGGAUGAGGGUACUUCGGAAUCAGAUUCAGCCCGAACUAAAUCACUAUCCAGAAAAGGUUCGCGAUCUCGUAUUCAUUCAGAUACGAGCGAGGAAGAUGAAUCCUUCAAUACCAAAAUUCAUAAAGUUAAAACAGAACGCUUCUCUGAGAGUGAUGUUGAUCUCGGUUUUGCUGAUACCGAGGAAAAACAGAAUCCACUUAAAUCUUCAGGACUCCUCAAUAUCGCCACCAUCAAAGAAGAACCCAGAACGUCUGAUGACGAAGAAAGACUUCCUGUAUCAUUCCACAUGGAUCACCCCGUCAAUAAUCAUGAUAGAGAAUCGCGAAAGAAAUCUCACAAAAAGAAACAGAAACGCCAAAAGAAUUCUAUAUCUAGUGAAGAAGGGUCAAAACCAGAUGCGUCCGAAAACUCAGACCAUAAAACAAAGGCCGGCAUUGUAACAUCUGAUUGCAAUAUCAAAACAGAACCUAAUAUUGAAAACUGCGAAGAUAGAAUGCACGCCGAAAAGAAACAGCGAAAUAAAAAAGAAAAGCGAAGAGAACGCAAUGGUGAAGACAAAGCUAAGACUAGGCGUAAAAGACUUAAUCGACAGGAGGGCAGGGACACACAAAGAAUGGAAGAUAUAUUUGGCCCUCUUUCCGAAGAAGAUGACCUACCUAAUCGAUUCUCCAACAGACUUGAUGAUCUUCCAGUUGAAAGUACACAUGGACCCAACAGUGAUGGCACACAAAGACGCAUCAUACAAAUUAUUCUACAACAACUUGAACGAGAAAAAAGGAAAAAGGAAAAGAAACGACGGCAUCAACCAGAGGAUGAAGAUAGUGUUGACUUAGCUGAGGCAGGAAGGGAAAUCGAAGCUAAGCUACUUGGUUUACCAACUUCGCCUAAGCCAGUGGGUGGGGAACAUCGUGAUCAUGAUGUAUUCAGGUUUACUGAUGACAAUGAUAGUAUUGAACCAUCUACACCAACUGCAGUUCUAGAAAAAGUGAAAGAGAAGAAGAAGAAAAGAAAGAAAUCCAAAGAGGAACGAGGCCGCAAGGAAUGCCAUCAUCACCAUCAUCACGAUAAGACUGCAACUCUACCUCAUCUUGGUGCUGGUCCAAGUCCGCCACGAGCAAGCAGCCCAUUGAUUACGAAACUCAUGUCACCAGUUUUGCCAACACCUAGGGAUACUCUUUUGAGUCCAAUACCUAAGAUCCCAACUAGUGUAGCUGCCAUGACCCCUGCUACCCCACAGACUGGUCAUAUCAAUAAGCCUGAAAAGAAGAAAGACAAAUUGAUUCCAGGAUUUGGCACAGACAUAGACGAAACAAUUCAUGAAAAUGCAGUUAAGAGCAUUUCAGAACCAGAAGAAAGAGAAAAUGGUAAACAAUCUCGUGGUAGAGAUGAUUCUGAGACCACUGUUCCAUCACCUGCUCCACAGCAAGUUGAAGAUAAACCACGUGUCAUUAUCUCACAAGAAGAAACCGAAGAUGCGGUAGCUGCUUUACUUGAAGAAACAUUCGGUGGUUCCACAGAAGAUUUCUCAUAUGAAGGUGAGGAAGAAGCAGAGGGUGAUAAUACUAACGAGCCAACGCCUGACGCACCUCAGGAAGAUGUUGAGGAAAUGCAACAGGCUGUCGAGAGUCUCAAUGCAUCAGCAGAAGCGGAAGCAGACUUAAAACCUGAUACUCCUCAGAGUGAACAUGAUCUGCAAAUUGAUACAGACACAGAAGAAGAUCCAAGUUAUGAAACGUUCGACCUCUCACAGCCACCAAAGACGCCAGACAUACCGGCGUUCUAUAAAUCGCCUGCCAAGACUACACCGACAGAAAAAUCCGUUGAUAAUCAUGUUAUCCCUGCAACACCAACAAAAGUUUCUAGUCUGUCAACGUGUGUCAUAGCACAUUCAUGGAACUUGAGUGACCAUAAACCUCGAGAUAUGAAGCCAUCAGCUGAAGUGGAGCCUGUUCAAGAAGCUCCGAUUCGUGCCCCGAUACCUUCUCAAUAUAAACCAUCUUUACCCAGCCCAACAACUCUGCCUGGAUUGCCUAUGUUACCUGACACGCUAAGAUUGCCAGCUGUAAGCCCACGACCUUUUACCACUACGUCCUCGUCUCAUCAAAGACUACCAGUUUCACCUCAGUCUCAGUUGGGGCCGCUGCGACAAACUUCUUCAAGAACUCAGAAUCCCACUUUAACACCCGGUCUCACCCCUGUACCACCAUUGGUACCUUCAAGGAUUCCGCCAUUAGUUCCCGCUCAGCUGUCUCCCAGAGUCCCACAACAGUCUCUGAAUGGACAGGGGUGUCGUGCCUCAAUGCCAUACAUACCAAAUGUUAGCAAGGCUUCACCACCGCCUCCGCCACCUCCAUUACCUCCACCACCCCCACCACCGCCACUACCAGCAAGAUUACCUGUCAGCGUACCAAUUGCUGCUCACAGACCGGAUACUCCUGUUCAGCAAAUAUAUUCGACAGCUGCCAGUCAACAGCCAGUUAUCCAACACGCUCCUGGCAUGAAAGCUGUAGUUCCAAGUUAUCCUCGAGGUGGAUUACCCCCGUUAACUCUAAACAUACCUCCUCGGCCUUACAUGCCAAUUCCACCCCUUGCAUCAGGUUCGGUCAAAAACUCAAGAGAUGAAACAAUAAAUAAAUCUGUCAUCGAGACUUUACUCCCAGUUAAUCCGAACGGCCCUCAACGUUUGGUAGAACCUAAAUUGUCACCAGCUAUAAUACCAGAGCCUCCAAGUAAGGCUUCUACAUCACCAAAAGUUCCAUCACCAAAUCAGCCACCAACUUAUAUUCCAGAAACUGCUAAGAUCGAGAUAAGUGCAAGCACUUCUAAUCCAGUAUUCGGAAAACCAAUCAAUACUGAAGACUCUCUAUUAUCUCCUAAGCAGCAUAAGUCACCUGUUAUCACCGACAGUAGUCUUUUAUCACCAAGGCAGAAGCAAGAACUACAAACUAUGCAAUUGUUGACAGCACAUGUGCCCCGAACAUCCACACCGAGUCCUGUUAUCGUUGCACAUAGUCAGCAACACGUUGUUCCUAAGACUGUGCUAAAUAUUGAGCCACCGACAGUUUCCACACCUCAGGCACUGAUAAAAACUGUAGUGCCACUUAAUUCUCAACCAUUGCAAAAGCUGCAAACUUCCCCGGUUGUACCGAAGUCUGGGUUGGUGAUAACUCAACCACAGGUUUUGAAUAAUCAAAGGCAAACACCACCAAAUGCUCAAGGGCUGUUGCUUACUAAACCCCAUAUGCCACUUGUCUCAAACGCACAGCAAACUGUUGUGACACACGUACCAUCUUCAACCAUAUCAACAAAUACUGCAACUUCACUGGCAACACAGAAGCCACCUGCAGUUUUCAGCCAGUGCCAACGGCAACCUAGUUCUGAUGCACAGGGUAUGUUUGGUCAGAAUACACAAAUUGUGCAACCCAUGCAGCUCACACCGCCUGUACCACCAACACAACCAAUCCAAAUCAAAGAGGAAGAACCACCUUGUGACAUUUUUAAAUCAAAUGCUAUUGAAACUGGAAAAUUGAUGGAACAAAUGUCCAAUGAACUUGAUAUGAAAUUGAAACAAGAAAAGCAAGAGCUUGGCAAUUUAUCGACCCCAAAAGAGACAAUGAAUUUGCCUAACUGCACAACUGAAAAUACAGAUAUAAUUACACCUAAGAUCGAACCUAGAAUUCUGGAUAAAUCUGAAAUCAAAGAAGAGGUGAAGGAAGAAGUUGUAGUCAAAGAAGAGAAGGUGGAGGAUACGGAAUUAGAAGACGAGUCAGUCGAUCCACUAAGAGAACCAAGUAGUGAUCCUUUGGCUCUAGAUCCCUCGAAAGAAGAUCUAACUGAUAGUAAGGAAGACAGCGAUUACUGGUCUGCUAAGGAGGUGAAUAUCGAAAGUGUAAUCAAAAAAGUUGAUGCUUUGUGUGACGGAGAGACCAACGAUGUGGAAGAUGAGACACAGCACAGUCAGGAGUUGAACAGUGAUUCUCAUGAUACAAGUAAGAAUGAAGGAGAUUGGUUUGAAUCAGAACAAGCAGAAAAUGAAGAGAAAAAAGAUAUGGGGCAUGACGAACAAGACGAAGGUGUAGAAACCUGUGAAACAGAAGUGACAAAAGGACGAACGCUUAGAUCCAAGGUUCGUCGAGGAGGUGGCGGGCGUGGGGGUGUUACAACGCGACGUGGAGGUAGAACUUCGUCUAAUGUAGCACAGCGUCGAGGUGGUAGACCAUCCAGAGGAGGUAAGCAUCAUACCGAGAAGAAAUUACCAACAGAUGUUUACGAAUUUCACGACGAUAGCGAGGAAGACAAUGCUGGUCGCCCACGUUUAAUUCUAACUAUUAAAUCACCAGGACCUAAUGCUACUACAGGACCUAAUGCACAACCCGCAACACCUGUUGCUGCUGUCAAAGAAGUACCACCCGAGGAAUUUAUUUCUCCUGCAGCAAAUACACGCAAGUCGAGACGAUUGGCUGAAAAAGACGGUAGUCGCAGUACAGUGGAUGAUGUUAUUGAAGACGUUAUCCGUGGUACAGCUGUAAACAAAUCUAUUGUUGCAGGUGUUCAUGCAACUAGACGUAGUACUAGACACAACAACGCUCCACGAGGUGCGCAACAAUUACAACCCCAGCCAAGUCCCGCAGAAUCACGAAAGUCACCAAGGGCAACACGCAAGGCUACUACUCGCAGAGCUUCAGAGAAUAAUGACGACAGUAGUGAAGAGAAAACUAAGGAAACGAUGCCUACACCGCAGGAAGUUGUGAAUAAACCAGAUGCACCUGUCAAUGAAGAAACUGUAAAACCUGUUGAAGCUCCCCGAGAAGCUGUUCUACAACCGCAAAAAUCUACUCCAUUGGAACCUAUGACACUUAUAGAUCCAGUUACAGGAAUGCUAAUUCCAAUGCGAGAGUCUGAAGAAGGGCAGUACAUACCAGUGUCAACUGCAGCUGGGAUUGUACAGACUGCUAGGUCUAUUAUCGAAGCACAGGUCACAGUUACCAUCAGCUCUUCGAACGUACAAAACGAAACUAGACCGAGAUCUGAGAGCGUCCUAUCAAAUUCAUCUUCCCAAAUUUCUACUCCAGUGGAAGUAAAACAAGAACACAAUCCACCUGCUGUCACUGUAGAACAAUCAACCAAUCAGCAGCAACAGCAACAGCAACCAUCACUACAGACUCAAAAUCACUCUCAGCCGCCACUUGCUCAGGCCCAGACUCAGGCUCAAUCUCAGAUUCAAGCUUCGCCUCAACCUCAGCCACAGGUACAGGAACAACAGCUACCACAGUUACAGCCCCAGACUCAGUCCCAGGCUCUACCACAGCCACAAACGCAAGUCCAUAUUCAGACCAAGUCUCAGCCCACUGUAAUAGCUACCCCACAAUCACCUAUUACGCAAACAACAUUAUCAAUGGUGAAACCAAAACCUGUAUCACCGAAUAUUGUGGUAACUCAGUCAACUACGCCAGCCAGUCAGGUGAAACCACCUACCAGUUUGAAAGCCCAUGUUCUGAAUGCCAACAAGCUCGUGAAUCCAGUACUGCAACCAAUCAUUACAAAGCCGGCUAUGCCAAAUCUUCCUAGCCAGACCAUAGUUCAAAAUAUUGUAAAGCAACCGGCUCAAGCUGCCCAAGGUCUUCAUCUACAAAUUCCAGGAGGAAAGAUUCCAACUUCUAGUCUUAGUCCACGAAUGAAGGCACAUCAGAGUAAUGGAGCAAACACAAAACAGGGACAACCAAUGUCUCCUGUAUUAAACAGCACUACUCCACCUAAUCCUAAACAGCAUUUGCUACAGGCAGUUAAACAACAACCAACAACUAUUGUCAAUCUUCCUCAAAAAUUGCCAGUAAGCGUCCAUCCUAGUAAUGUUGUAACAGUCACAUCGCAAAGAGCUCUUCAGCCUCCCGUACAACCAGCAACGCUAAAAACUGUUGGUGGACAACAACAUCCAUUGAAUCCAAAAGCACAUUUACUUCAAGCCGUAGCACCUCCAAUAAUGACAGGAUCAGUGGCCAGUCCUCCAACUCAGCCACAUCUCAUUGGUUUACAACCAGUUGUAACUGGUGCAAGCUGUUCGAGAUCAACAAUACCAAAAUCUCAGAUUUCUGUCGCAAUGGAACCACCAAAAGUUGAAGUAUCCAUGUCUGGUUGCAUAAUGGUUCCCACAGCCAGUCCACAAGGGCGACCAGUACCGAUCCCAAAUUAUGAAGCAUCAUUGCAUGGCGCAGGUACCACUCCGUCCCCAGGGGGUCAGUAUGGGCUAGGCCCUUCUCAUCGCUCCCAGAGCCCCCCAUUGCCCCCACCUGCCCACCACCAUGCUAAUGCUCCUCAGGGAGAAGUUGUUAACCAUUACGGUGGAUUAUCUCGCGGGGAUAUUCAGGCUCAUUACAUGCACCCACGAGUUUUACAAUAUCAAUACCUCCGGGCUCAACAGGAGGCACUUACUACACCGCGCAUCGCGUAUCACGUACCAGGAACAAGAUCUCCUCAUUUGCCAUUAGACCCAAAGCUAGAGACAGGUGGAGAUGAAAGUCAUAGUCCACCUCUGGAGUUGAGGCGAGAGAGAAGAACACCCCAAGAUCGAGCUACCGAUAGCCCUCAAGUGGCUCAAGUCUACAUGUUGCAUGGAGCAGCUCGAUUGCCUCCGCAAUACAGCAGUAGCAAUGCCUCCAUAGCUGCUGCAAGCACGGGUGCAAGAGGAGGGUAUUAUGAACCCCCAAUGGCGCAUAUUAGAUCACAAUACCCAAUGGCAGCCAGUGAAGCUCCAGCAGAUGGAGCUAUUACUCCUGAACGCCCUAGAAGAUUACAAGUUUCAACACCACCUCAUGCUUCUCAAGUUCCACCACAAGCUGAUUCGCUAUUGAUGCUCCUUCAGAGAUACCCUGUCAUGUGGCAAGGUUUGCUGGCACUCAAAAACGAUCAGGCUGCCGUACAAAUGCAUUUUGUCUUUGGAAAUCCUAAUGUAGCCAGAGAUAGUUUGCCCUGCAAUAGCGACGGAUCCACACCACCGCUCAGAAUAGCUCAGAGAAUGAGAUUGGAACAGACACAAGUCGACGGAGUUGCUAGAAAAAUGCAGACUGAUAACGAACACUGCAUGUUGCUGGCGCUUCCUUGUGGACGAGACCACAUGGAUGUUCUUCAGCAGAGUAAAAAUCUUCAGACCGGAUUUAUUACCUAUCUCCAACAGAAACAAGCUGCAGGAAUUGUUAACAUAGCUGCACCAGGCUCACAACAGGCUGCCUAUGUGGUGCACAUAUUCCCAUCGUGUGAUUUUGCUAAUGACAGUCUCGCUCGCAUUGCACCAGAUUUGUUACACCGAGUUGCAGAGAUUGCCCACCUACUGAUUGUGAUUGCAACUGUUUGAGACCUGUUGGCUGGUUGGCUUUCACUACUACCGCAUACUUCCUUACUUGGCUGGAUGUUUCAAAGAUGGCAUGAAGCCUUGGAACGUCCUUCAUGUAUAGGAUCAGACCGAUGUUGAAUAAAAAUGACUCAGUUGCACCAUUGACAAUCAAAUGCAGAACUGGCUGACUGCCAGAUCUACGUAAGAUUGUAGGCCUAGUGGGGGAGGAGGUUUAUGGGGGAGGCUAGCAUGGUGAUGAAAUCUAUGCAUCCCUCCCCUCUUGGUAUUACGGACUAAGCUCUAAUAAGCUCGGUUAUUAAUUACUGACAGUUUGUGGGGGCGACCGACGUCACUCUUGGUCUCCCCGACAAGUGAGUUAGGCUAACCCUUCCCUCCAAAGAGUCUUAAAUACCGCCCUGAUGUAAACACAUACUAUACUCACUUCUCCAGACAAAGUUAUAUACCAACCUAUAUGGAUAGUACACAGCUAACUAAUAGAAAUAAUCUAUCUAUACACAAGCUACUUUGUAAGCUUAGAGAUAAAAUAUUAUAAAUUAAGUGAGCCAGCGAGGGCAUAACUACUGUGAUUUUAAUUAUUUAACGAUAUCUGCAUAAAAAUAUAAAGGCCCUUCUUGGUCCGCAAUAUGUGAUGUGUUUUUGUAUAAUAUUGCUCUAUAUAAAUACCUAUGUAUUAUAUUAUGAUAAUAAUAAUUACUGCUGCUGCUGCUGCUACUGCUGCCGCUGCCGCUGUUGCUGCUGCUGUCGGAGUGGAAAGGAAAAAAAAAUACUAAAGUUAGACUUCUAGACAAAUGUUAUUAAGAUCUACCUAAGUAGAGAUAUCCCUAGUGUAUUAUAUUCCCCCAACAGGAUGUAACAUAUUAUUAUGCCUAGCGUUAUGUACAUUAUAAAAAUUUGUAAUAUUAAUUAUUAAUUAAUAAUUAUUACUACUAUUAUUAUAAAAUAUUAUCAUUAUGAUUAUUAUUAUCAUUAUUUUCAUUAUUAUCAUUAUUAUUUUUAUUAUUAGCAUUACUAUGAAUAUAAAACUUAAUAUACGGGCUAGUUAGAUUGUACCAUCCCACAAGCUAAGGGGCUUAAAGAAUAUCAUACCACUGUCGAGUAUGAUCGAUCUCAUUCAUCAUUGACGCUGCCCCGUAGGCACCCUGUCCCACAUCUACCACCCUGCAAUGCUCAAGUGCAAACUCAUCAAGUGUUGCGUAAUAGGCUCUUUAGGAUUGUGUCCAAGAUGAUAAUGCGCUUACAUGUAUAGACCAGAAAUUACAUUAUAUUAUAUUACACAAGGCCCUAAAAAUAAAAAUACAAUAAGUAAUUAUCUAUUUACUAUAUUACGCUGCUGUGCAUAGAGCGUACACCUGUAGGGUAAACAAUGUAAAAAUUGCAGGGAUGAACGGGAAACAUGAUCAUUUAUCAAUCACAAGAGUUCAUACUGAUUAUGGGGAAUAUCUUUUUAUCAUUCGUUGAUGUCAAUAUUUCGAUCAAUUGGUUUACCAGAUGAAGAAUAACAGCAUCUUCGUAUGGUAUACCAAUUGCAACAUAAUUUGACACAUCAUCUAAUCGUGUUUUUUAUUUCAUUUGGGAAUGAUAUUGUGCUGAAAAUUUGAUUGCAAAAUAUGAUUUUCAAUUAGAGUGAUUAAAAACAAAUUGAAAAUUAAAACAGUUUUAUUGCUCCGUUAAAUAUGAAUUUCACUGGAAAAUAAAAUUCCUUAACUUCAUGAUUCUGGCACAGAAUUAUUUUUAAAUUACAUUGACAAGACGAAUGCUAAGGAUCAGUCUAUUGUGAUUGAGAAUUACAAUUUGAAUUGUUGCAUGAUUGAUGAAAAUUUAUUGCUACGUGAUACAUUGCAUUCCGAGUAAAGAAAAUGAAAUAAUGCUUUUUAUUUCCGCGAUGGUCUGUGAAAACAUGACUUUCUUUCGUCGAUUGAAUUUAACCAGAACAAUUUUGCAGCUCGUUCAUCCCUUACAAAAUAGAGCUGAGUUAAGGCAGCGCAGAUACUUGUGGAAAGUGUGCGUGUACAGUGAAAAAGAUGCGUUGUGCAUAUGUACAGUGUAGAAGUAGAAUUGAGCGAACGGGAAAAAUGAGAGAAACUUAUAUUACGCAUGUGAAUAAAAAUCGGGGUGUUUAUGGCGCACACAUUGCGUAAUAUUUAGUUUAUGUUUAAUUGAAGAGGAAUGGUGGUUUUUGUGUUUACAUGUGAUUGUUUAGGUACAAACAAAACCGCAGUGUGUGCGCUUGCUACACCUCUUCUACCUUGUAAAAUAUCUGUGAAUAUUAUCAUUUAAUUUCUUCCUAUUGUAAGCUAUCAUACUGGUAUACAAGAGUUUAUGUUAAUCAUGUAAGAAGAAUGUACAGAUAUCACAUUUUUUGUUUUGUGUUUUACUGUAGUUAUUGAUAAUUAUAUGGAUAUUAACUAUAAUAAUAACUAUGAUAAAAAAAAUGUA